GCCAGCCGCCGCAGCAGCCGCAGCAGCCGCAGGCGGGCGGCGCGCUGCCCGCGGACGUGGACGCCGGCGUGCAACAGAUCCGGCAGUGGGUGUGCGCGCAGACGGAGGCGGCCAUGCUGCGCGCGCAGCCGGUGGCGGUGGGCGACGUGGAGGACGUGCUGCACCAGCUCGACAAGCAGAAGGGCGUGCUGCGCUCGCUGGAGCAGAAGAAGCCGCAGCUGGAGGAGCUGGUGCAGGCGGCGGGCGGGCUGCGCGCCACGGAGAACCGCCAGCAGCUGCACGGCAAAGUGAGCGCGCUGCGCGAGCACUGGGCGGAGGCGAACGCGCGCGUGCUGCAGCGCAAGGCGCAGCUGGACGCGAUGCUGGGCGACUCGCAGCGCUACGAGGCGCGCCGGCGGGACGCGGACGCUUGGCUGACGCGCAUGGAGGCGCGCCUGGCCGCCAUGGCCCCGCCGGGACACACCGCCGACGUGCUCGACACGCAGCUCCGCGACCAGAAGUCGUUCCACGCGGAGGUGCACCAGUACAAGCACCAGAUGGAGCUGUUCGGGCAGCUGACGCAGCGCCUCAUCGCCGUCUACCGCAACGACGACACCUCGCGCGUCAAGCGCGCCACCGAGGCCAUCAACCAUCGCUACUCCGACCUCAACAAUAGCAUCGUGUCGCGCGGCAAGGCGCUGCACGCGGCGGUGUCGUCGCUGCAGAACUUCGACCGCUCGCUGGAGAAGUUCGUGGCGUGGCUGAGCGAGGCCGAGUCGCUGCUGGACGCGGCCGAGCGCGAGCCGCAGCUGCUCCAGGACUUGCAGUCAGAGAUCGAGACUCACCGCGAUGUGUACGCGUCGCUUACGGGCACAGGCCGCCGGCUGCUGGGCUCGUUGUCCUCGCAGGAGGACGCCGUCAUGCUGCAGCGCCGGCUGGACGAGAUGAACCAGCGCUGGCACCACCUCAAGGCGAAGAGCAUGGCCAUCAGGAACCGCCUGGAGAGCAAUGCUGAGCAUUGGUCCGCAUUGCUGCUGUCUCUACGCGAGUUGACGGAGUGGGUCAUCCGCAAGGAGACCGAGCUGACCGCACUGGCGCCCCCGCGCGGGGACCUCGCCGCACUGCUCAAACAACAGGACGACCACCGCGCGUUCCGCCGGCAGUUAGAAGACAAGCGGCCAGUGGUGGAGAGCAACCUGCUCAGCGGCCGCCAGUACCUCGCCGCGGAGCCGCUCGCAGACGCCAGCGACAGCGAACCGAGUCGCGAGGGCGAGGGCGACUCUCGCGGGUACCGGUCCGCGGAGGAGCAGGCGCGCGAGCUGGCGCGCUCCAUCCGGCGCGAGGUGGGCAAGCUGGCUGACACGUGGAACUCGCUCGUCGACCGCAGCGACGCCUGGGGGCGCUGUCUAGACGACGCUGUGCAGCGUGUACGAGCAUUCACCACAUCACUGGAAGAGCUUGCCGCCCGCGUGCAGGCGGCGGAGGCGGCCCGAGCCAGCUGGCGUGCUCCGGGCGACGCGCGGGAUGCCCGGGCGCAGCUGGACGCGGUGUCACGCGCGCGGGCGCAACUCCCGCCCCUGCGCCGACUGGCUGACGAGCUGCGGGCCCAGGCUCAGCAUCUCGCUAGAGACAAUGUACAGCUACCAGACCACUUGAGAGCACGACUUGAUGACCUAAAUGCAAGAGUGUCAGCGCUGAGCGCGGGCGGGGAGGAGCGCGCGCGGCAGCUGGCAGGCGUGGCGCGCGACGGGGGUGCCGGCGCCGCCCAGGGCUUCCUCGCCGGCUCCGUGCGCCCGCCCUGGGAGCGCGCGGUCACGCCCGCCAACGUGCCCUACUACAUCAAUCACGAGCUGGAGACGACGCACUGGGACCAUCCGAAGAUGAUUGAACUGAUGACGUCACUGGCGGACCUCAACGAGGUUCGCUUCUCCGCGUACAGGACCGCGCUCAAGUUACGCGCCGUGCAGAAGGCACUCUGCAUGCACAUGCUGCAGCUGGGCGGCGCGCUGGAGGCGUUCGACGCGCACGGGCUGCGCGCGCAGAAUGACCGCCUCAUCGACAUCCCGGACAUGAUCACCGUGCUCACCUCGCUCUACGAGGUGAUAGCGGCGGAGAAUCCUAGUUUAGUGAACGUGCCGCUGUGCCUGGACCUGUCCGUCAACUGGCUGCUGAACGUGUACGACAGCCAGCGCACCGGACAGAUCCGCGUGCUCAGCUUCAAGGUCGGCCUCGUGCUGCUCUGCAAGGGACACCUCGAGGAGAAGUACAGAUAUCUGUUCCGUCUGAUCGCGGACCCGUCCUGCCGCGCGGACCAGAGGAAGCUGGGCUUGCUGCUCCACGACUGUAUACAGGUUCCGCGGCAGCUAGGCGAGGUGGCGGCCUUCGGAGGGUCCAACAUCGAGCCCUCCGUGCGCAGCUGCUUCGAGCAGGCCUCCGCCGCCGCGCGCGAGGGCCACGCCGCGGGGGGCCGGGCCACGCUCGACAGGAGGACCGUGGGAGAUAAGGAGCGCGAGAAAGAGAAGGAGAAGGAGAAAGAGGACAAGGAGAAGAGCGCGGGGCAGGGUGCGGGUGCGGGGCAGGGCGCGGCGGAGGGCGAGGGCGAGGGCCAGCUGCAGCACAUCGAGGCGUUCCACUUCCUGCAGUGGCUGCAGAAGGAGCCGCAGAGCAUGGUGUGGCUGCCGGUGCUGCAGCGGCUGGCGGCGGCCGAGCCCGCGCGCCACCAGGCCAAGUGCAACAUCUGCAAGGACUACCCCAUCGUCGGCUUCCGAUACCGUUGCCUGAAAUGCUUCAACUUCGACAUGUGCCAGAAGUGCUUCUUCAGCGGCCGCAAGGCCAAGAGCCACAAGCUGACGCACCCCAUGCAGGAGUACUGCACCGCGACGACAUCAGGCGAGGACGUGCGCGACUUCACGCGUGCUCUACGCAACAAGUUCAAGUCGGCUCGCUACUUCAAGAAGCACCCGCGCGUCGGCUACCUGCCCGUGCAGACCGUGCUCGAGGGCGACGCGCUGGAGUCCCCGGCGCCGUCCCCGCAGCACGGCGGCGGCGCGGCGGCCGACGACAUGCACUCCCGCCUCGAGCUGUACGCCUCGCGCCUGGCGCAGGUGGAGCUCGGCGCGCGCGCGGCCGACACGCCCGACAGCGACGAGGAGCACCAGCUGAUAGCGCAGUACUGCGCGUCGCUGAACGGCGGCGAGGCGGAGGACGCGCCGCGCUCGCCCGUGCACGUCGUCUCCGGCAUCCAGCGCGAGCAGCGCCACGAGCUGGAGGCCAUGAUACGCGAGCUGGAGGAGGAGAACGCGAGCCUGCAGGCGGAGUACGAGCGGCUGAAGGCGAAGCAGACGCCGGGCUCGACGCCGGAGGAGCCGCAGGGCGGGGCGGGGGGUGCGGGCGCGGGCGGGGACCAGGACAUGAUGGCGGAGGCGCGGCUGCUGCGCCAGCACAAGGGCCGGCUGGAGGCGCGCAUGCACAUCCUCGAGGAGCACAACCGCCAGCUCGAGGCGCAGCUGCAGCGCCUGCGCACGCUGCUGCACGAGCCGUCAGUGUCCCCGCCGGCGCGCACUGGCACGCUGCAGACGCGCUCGGUGACCGCCUCGCAGCUGGCCACCGACUCGCCCGCCAAGCUGCACAACGGACUCUACCACGACACGCACACAGAUGACCUCGGUCGCGCGGUAGAGCAGCUAGUGUCGGUGAUGUCGGAGGAGCAGGCGGGGCCGGCCGCGCCGCCGGACUACGCCAACACCAACGGCAACGCAAACAACAACAACAAUAACAAUGGCACCAGCAAGCCCGCAGACAGCAAGGAGUAACUGCCUGCAGCGCGCGCUCUGGCAACACCCUCACGCCACAGAGUUGCCACAAUGGUAUUGCUUUAUCGGUUAUGGCAACACGUUUCUAUCCAAAUACUGAAAUGAAUCUUAAAUAAUUCGAUUCAUAAACGCUUAUAAUCUGUUAGUUUGGCGUCUAAGUGUGGCAUUUAAGAUGAUUUUAACAUUUUAAAUUACAUUUCAGUAUUCGGUCGUAUUUAAAACAACUUUAACUAGUCUCUAAAUCUACAUUAAUAGACAACUUAGAGACUAGUUAAUGACUCCUGCAGUUAGUAUACUAAUUUUCGGCUCAUCACUAACACUCGCGCACGUCUGAGUAACACCUUUAUACAAGAGCACUAACACUUCAUCAUCAUGUACUAAAAGCGGGCCCCAGCCCAAGGUCCGACCCUGAGGGCUGCCCGCGGGCCAUGCGGGGCUAAGUACGCGGAUACUUAGCCGCUAAUGGCCAAGGGUCCGCCAGACGAUACCGUAUGCAACGCUUAUUUUAGCAAUAAGGGCGUGCCAUUGUUGCACUACGCGUCGUGAUUGAGUCAUUCUUACUUCGCUUUACGAAACUACACUCGCGGCAACUCUCCAGUGUUGCCAGAGCGCGAAUCAACGAAAAAGACAAAAUGUAACCAGCAUUUAUAUAUUAAAAAUGUACCAAAAUUGUCUAUACAACUUAUUAAUCGUUUAAGUACAUAUCUUGUUAGUACAAUGUUCAUAUAAUCAUAUCACUUUGUAAAUUGUCAUAUCAUUUUGCUGUGUAUAAAACUGACGCGUGUAAAAUAUAUCACGGAAACGUAACGAAUCGCAAAAUCGAGUUUUUUUGUCGCAAUCGAUACAGCUUUUGUAAGCUUUAUAUCAGGAAUGUAGCUUUAAAAUCUGUUUUGAGACAUUUUAUGAAAGGUUCGUAAACAAAGUUCCGGGCGACGCGGCCUGAGUUAGCAGUGUAGGGGUGGGGGGAGGGGGGAGGGGGAGGGGGUGCAGUUGUGCAGUAGUGUAGUGUAGACAAUCAAUGCUUGUUGUUACAUGUUAUCGAUUUAUCCAAAAUGUAUCGUUAGUUGGAAAUAUGAAUAAUCAAGCUUGUACGCGGCGUAGUUAUUUUCUGCGCGGAAGUUCCCAUCGCGAUUGUCUAGCUUUCGAUUUUGCUUUAUUUUACUGAAGAAUAGAUAAAACAUAUCUGAAAUUUUGAAACAUAUCAGUGUUACAAUUUUUAUGAUAAUUUGCAAAUGUUUGAAAUUGAAUUUUAAUACGGUUGAGUUGAUUUUUAUAAUGGCAAUAAUGCGAUGGGAACUCUCUUUAAUCUCCCUUUAUUUGGGAUCUGAAGUAGUAAAUCUUUUUAGCGACUACAUAUAUCGACAUUUUGUAUCCGCCAUGUCUCGUAGGGUAUUUAACGGACGCGAGCAUUUUCAUGUCGCGGUUCGUUUUCAGACGUUUUGUAAGUUGUCUACUGUAAGGCGCCUACCUUUUAGAUAAAAUAUUGGAGAGAUGACUUUUAUACGAAUGUUAAGUGAACUGUUGAAGCUAACUAUAUUAUUAAGGACUUCCGAUUUAACCAUACCAGGUUAUUAUUUUAUAUUUUAUUGACGUGUGCAGACAUUUUGUUUUUUUGUAAAGCAAGAGGCAGCACGAAAUGUUUGUGACGACGGCAACUAUAUACUUGUUCUUAUUUUAAUUUAUCUAAUAUAGAUUUUAAGAAAAAAGCACAAUUUAUUGUAACCUUAACGAAUGAAAUAUUAUAAUUAAAUUUACAUUAA